GUCUGUGCGCGUUGUGCUGCCCCUGCGUUCUCGCUGGCCGCAUCGCCGAAAUCUCAACUGACGGCUUUACAGACGCCACCUUUGCCUGCUGCUGCUGGGCAUUGAUCCAGUACUUCACGGUCGGGAUGUGCGGCUGCCUCUACUCCAAAG